AUGAGAGAAGAGAUUCAGUUUGGGUCAAGUGGAUUCAUGAAAAUCGUUUACAACAUAUUCAUUUCUAGCUAUUUCAGAAAAACCAAAAGUCUUCUUGGGUUUGGUAAGAUACUGGAUAUUAGAGAAUCCAUUCGGCCACACUUCUUUGUUCAAAUUGAUGAUGGAAGUAAUACAAAUGCUUGGGAGGACAACUGGCUCCCUAUUGGCCCUCUUUCACAUAUCCUUUCUUACAGGAGUAUUCAUAGGAGUAGUUUCGAUGCAAACUCUUCUAUUUUGGAGGUUGUUAACAAUUUGGAUGGUUGUUGGCCACCUGAUUGGAAUAGUAGCGUUCUAAACCUUUCAACUUGCAAUAUCCCCCAAAUUCAGUCUGAUGCCCGUGAUAAAGUAUUAUGGCUGAUUUCUUAUAAUGCUUUAGUUUCAUUCGCGGUUCGAGAAGUUUGGGGAUCCUUGGAUGGUGUUUAUGACGCGGACCGUAUGAGGGCUUGGAAGGAUGACCCUCCGGAUUUGAUUUGUCCUAUGUGCCAUUAUUGCAUGGAUUCUCAUAACCAGUUGUUCUUUGAGUGUGGUUUUCUCAUGGAAAUUUGGACUAUUGUUAAACAAGAAGCUGGGAUGGUGGCUGAUGAUACUUGGAGCGAUAUUCUUCAUGACAUCUCGAGUGGGAGGAGUAAAAUUCGGUCUUCUAUACAUAAGCCCUCCCUUGCGACUUCUAUUCAUCAUGUUUGGAGAGAGCGCAAUUGA